AUGAAUGAAUGGAAAAUACAUUCCACAUCUUCGUCGCUGGAAAUCAACCGGGUGCAAUCGUUGCUAUUAAAAUCAAUUGGAUGUUCAAUUUUUUCAAGUAUUAUUUGUAACCUUUGUAAUUCUAGCAUACGUGGAACGUACGGCUAUCUAAUAACAUCGGUGCAAGGUAACAAUAGAUUUGUAUUGCCUUAUAUUUUUAUUGCAGAAUUUCAACUAUAUCAAUGGUGUAGAAACUUUUGUAAGAAUGCUUUCUGGAUCUCUUCCAAUGCAAAGUUGGAUCGAAAGGAUCCAAUUUACACCAUUAAACUUUUUGAUUACUUGUCACCAUGUAGAGACGCUAAUUGGUGGUAUACAAAUAGCGGAUACAUCGGAUCAUGUUGUUGUAACGUUUGUGUCUACCUAUGCAAACGGCUUAGAGAACAUCAUAGCAGUUCAUCCAACACUAUACUCGAGGAUAUAAUUCGCAAGGAAAGUCACUUAUUACUGCAAUUCUUAAAACAUAAUAGCAAGUGGCCUAUACUAGAACACAGAUUACUUUCAAUAACACUAGAUGGAUUGAUAGCCCAAAGAGAUCUAGUAAAAAAUUGUAGAACACUAAAAACAAAUUUAGAUGGCGAACUCAUGUGUCUAUUUAAAAAUAAUGGAAUAUUUGUAAUAUGUAAGGAUUUUGAUAUAUUUCUAGAGUACAACAUAGAAGGUUCGACUAACACAGGAUCAUUACUUUUAGACUUAAUUUUAGAGUAUACAGGAUUAUGGAAUAAGUUGAAUCUACCUAUAUUUUUGUUUAUGCUCUGUAAAGAUAGAGGAUUUAAGGCACUUAAUAAAAACCCAAACUUAGAUGGAAAGUCAGAUUUGUUGUUAAAGAAUGACUCCAUCUCAUUUUUAUCACGUAUAUCUUAUAUUAAAGUCAACUUUUACUUGAAAAGUGACUUUUUAGCAGAUGAAAACACUAUGUGCAGGUACCUAGAACAAUCGUUGAAUAUUAUCAAACACUUUAAUUUGGUAUCUAAACGAAUGAACAGAAAUGAGAUUUCAAUAUAUACUGAUUUAAUGAAAAUGGUCCAGGGAUAUACGUUAGAGGAGCUUAAAACUUUGGUCCGCCAUGUGAACUGUGAACUACUUAAUAUAGCGUCUAACAAACAUAUAAAUGAGAUAUCUGGCUGGUUAUUGAUCCGUGAUUCACUUCAAAAAGCAAUAUCGUUGAGACCACCUCUCCACUUACUUGACCAUAUGCCUACAACAUAUCGCAUUUACCAUAAAACAUUUCCAGUGCCUGAUGAAAUUGCUCCACUGGAAAUUGAUCAUCUUGGAAAUCUUAACUAUAAAAAAGGACUUUCCAGAAUGGUAUUAUCUGAUGGUGUUUAUCAUCAGGUUGUUUCAUUUUUGGAUGAAACCAUAAACCCUGAUGCAGCUAAUGGUCUAAUAAUUGACGGACCAUCUGGAUCAGGUAAAACAACACUAGCCAUCUCUAUAGCAUGGGAACUUGGUGGAAUACUCAUUAUAGCAAACAUUCUUGAUUUCCUAAGGCCACAAGUAGGGUUUUCAGAAAAGUUAAUUCAUAAUUUUUUUCAUUCAAUCCAGAUUCAGUUUAAUAAAUGUUUGAAAGAAGGCACGAGGCGAUCUUCCACUCAAUGUACUGUUUUGUUCGAAGGGUUAGACACACUGAAUAGUACCGAUGCUGGUUAUAUAAAACGAACGAUUUCGGCGCUAUGCAUGGAAAUGGAUUCAUUUGCAACAAAUUCCAGGUUUCUAUCCAACAAAUCGGUACUAUUCAUAUGUACGGCCAACAAGGCUUCUGAGAUACCGAAGAAACUUAGAACCAGGGGGAGAUUUGAGCACGUAUUAACCCUGAGCGGUGACGUUGCCGAUAGCUCACUUUUGAAGAGCUGUUUUGAACUUUAUUUGAACGCUAGAUGUGAUUUUAUGGAUCGAGUGGACCAAAUUGUGGCAAAAAUCGCUUCAUAUAGAGGAAAAUAUACCAUUAACCCAGCAAUAAUUACAAAAAUGUGCAAGGAGGCUGCAUAUUACAAUAUUAAAACCUUGGGAGGUCUGUCGCAAUCCACUAUUACAAUUUCUAACAUGCUGAAUGUUAUUGAUUCGACAUUCGUGUAA